UUGGCAGCAUUGACUGUCGAUGUCAGAUACAUGUGUUGCUACAUACUCGGAUGUUGAUUUUACAAUGGAAAAGACCGUGGGCUCUUUACAAGAACAAGCUUUGAAAAGGAAAGAAAGACUAAAAGCACUCAGAGGACGGCAAUUUCAAGGGGGGGGACCAGAAGAUGGAGAGCCUGGUAGCAAGAAGGCACUAGACGAGACUGAAGCUGAAGAGAGGCACAGAGAUCUGAAGCUGAGGAACUACAGUCCAGAAGAUGAAGAACUGAAAGAAAGGCAGGUGCCCAAAGCUAAGCCUGCUUCAGUGGAAGAUAAGGUCAGAGAGCAGCUCGAAGCCGCAAACCCGGAGCCUGUCAUAGAGGAAGUGGAUCUGGCUAAUCUAGCUCCAAGGAAACCAGACUGGGACUUGAAGAGAGAUGUGGCAAAAAAACUGGAGAAACUAGAAAAACGAACUCAGAAGGCCAUUGCAGAACUCAUUCGUGACAGGCUGAAGGGCAGUGAAGCAGAUCUGGCCGAAGCUGUUGGAGCGGUCGCUGUAGAAGAGGCAGAAUCGGACUGAGCCCGUCCUCUGUAGUUACGGUUGCCUUCUCGCACAGAUUUUUCCAGAAGACAACAGUAGCUCUCCAGUUUGGCUUGUCGGCUGAAUUCUGAUGCUGCACAUCAGGUUAAGAAUUUGAUGUGUGUGUGUGUGGAUCAAAAGAAAUGUAUGCAUUCGAUGUUCUAUUCUUAAGAGUUUCAUACAUUUACAUUCAAUAAAAACCUUUUUUUCUAUAUUA